CGUGUGAGCGGGUAUAAGAGCACAUACGACCCGGGAAGAACCAAAAUAAAUAAAUAAAUAGAAACCAUAACCGAAAUUACUAAAAUCUCUACCUCUCUGCUUCUGAUGAAGCUUCCGAUUCGCGAAAUGAACUUGCCGGAGAGUAUCGGAAUCGACGAGUCGUAUCGGCCACUUCCUUCCCUUUACUUGGCCUUUUUCUCAAUUUGGUUUGUCUCCGCUUGUUCUUGGACCUUGAACACCUUGAAAAACCGUCACUUUCAGAGGAAUAAUUUGCAGUGGACGCUUGCAUUUGUUCCAUUGAUUAAAGCCUUACAACUUACAUUAUCCUGCCUCUUCUGGUAUUCAUGUUUUUAUUUAGAGAUAUGCUCUCUGUGGAUGUCAUUUGGAGUCUAUGUUACUGGAGUGCUCUUUGAGACAGCGUCUUUUGUAUCCUUCUUGCUCAUUUCUCAUGGUUACUGCAUCACAUGUGAGCGUCUUUCGGUGACAGAGCGCCGUACUACAGCUGCUCUUGGGUGUGUCUUUUACUUGACUCUUGUUGGAUAUAGAGCUUCUGUGCCGUACUUCUCUGUCCUGCUGCUGGUUAACUAUUUUAUAAAUUUCUACAUGAUUUUUCACCAUAUAUCUCAGAAUCUAUUAGCUUUGCGGGAGCAACUUAGUUUUAUAGAGGAUGAGGAUGUUCAUGCAAUGCAUGAUGCAGUAUAUACAAAGUACAUCAUGUUCAAAAAAUUUCAAGGUGCAAUGCAGAUUGUUGCAGUGGCUGAGAGUGUGAUAUACAUUAACAUGGAUGACUCAUCAGCAAAUUACUGGCUUCGUCUGUUAGUUCGAGAAUGGGCACAAUUCUGCAUCUUUGUUUACAUAGGUUGGACGUUUAGGUCACAAGACCUGGUUCCACGGUUUUCUGUUAUGCCUACUCUAAAACCUAAAGGGGAGACGAUGGUGCCUCCCAUCUAUAGUAUAGAAAUGGAUGCAGCGACUUUUAAAGAUUUUAGCAGUCGUGAAUGGCACAUUGGGGUGCCAACUUCGUCAUCAUCUUGGAAUGACAACACCAGAGAUUCGGUACUAGUAAUAAUUCAGCAUCCUCACGCAAACAGGCUAACCCCAGAAUCUAGAUAACCCGUAGCACAUCCACGGCUGAUAUUCUCAAGUGGUUCUUCUUCGCCAUUCAAGGCUUUAUGAGCAUCAAUUACAGCCACUGUUGGCCCGACCAACAGCUCCAUUUAAUAUAUAAUAUUAAAGACACCCACAAUUUUUUGCUUAUAGGAAAUUCCGCAACCAAGUCUUCUAGGGGUGAAAUGUGAGAUGUUUACCCAGAGGCUACAACAUUAUCAACGAGAGUCAAAAUUGUUUGAAUCAACAGAAAUUAUAGACCAACCUGUAUAUUCUUUCAUCUUUUGUAUAACGUUUUGGUAUUCAUAUACAUUUUGAGGGCAUUUUGUAUAA